AUGCCGGCAUCCAUCUCUGCAAUCCCUCAGGAACUUCGUGCUUUCCCGGGUAAUCCUUGGCUUAAAACUGAGAUACAUUGGCGACUCGCUAUUGCCUGUCUGGUUGCCAUAUGGCAAUCUGUUGAUGCUUGGUUUCAACCCGUACGUGCCAUUCACCAGGGCAGGAAUACGAAUCGAGCCAGCAAUAUCUGUGCCGACUCCAAUGGCAGAUCCUUGGAGUCUCACGAGAGCACCUUCUCCGCCAGAACUUCCACCAGCACCCAUCGACAGCUUGUUGGGAUUCAAAGUUCUGCCAAAGACAUUGUUUUCAGAGUCUGCAGUCAUCAGAGUUUGGGGAAUGUUUGUCUUCGCAUGAAAGUUAGCUCCCAGGUCGAGCAGCAGUGUGACCAGGUUAGACUGAACCCUGGUAUCUUUAUUGCCAAUGUACGAGAUGUAUCCGAUUGUAGAGUCGUAUCCUGGCACAUUGAACGAAUCUUUCAAAGAGAUUGGCAAGCCAUGCAAUGGACCGACCGUUUUGCCAUUUUUCUCAAGCAAGCUGAACCUACCUUUACUGAAAUCCCAACUGCAGAGCUCGAAAGCGCUUCUGACAACUGGGAGAUCCCAGGUACUUCCCACCUUGUGGAUCAUGAUGCCCAUGACGAAACAAUCCUGAUUCCAACUCCGUCGGAUGACCCAGAGGACCCUUUGAAUUGGAGUAAGCAAAGAAAAUGGCUUCAUUUGUUUUGUUUGCUGGUUUUCAUUUACGGAGGAGCAAUUCCUCUCUGCUGCGUUUACUCGAUUUUUCUCGAUAUUGCCAAAGACGAAGCUACCAAUGUCACGCUGGCCCAAUUGAACGAAGGAACGGGAUACUGUUUCCUGUUCUUGGGUAUAGGAAAUUUUGUGUUCAUGCCGCUAGCUCAGCAGUACGGAAAACGUCCGGUUUAUCUCAUCUCUCUUCUUGGAAGUGUGAUGUUCACUCUUUGGCAGCCGUACGUGAAGUCAAGAAGUCACUGGAUUGCAUCAAAGAUCCUGAGUGGUUUCUUUUGCGCACCAGUUGAGACUUUACUGGAAGUCUCCGUCACAGACUUAUUCUUUGAACAUGAAAGAGGUAGAUACAUUGGUGCCUAUGGAUUGUCAAUUGCCACGUCAAAUUUCCUGGCCCCAGCGUUCUCUGGACUUGUGGCAGACGCCAUUGGAUGGAGAUGGUCAAUCUGGAUUGCCUGUAUCUACGGUGCAGUCUGUUUCGUAUUUAUCUUCUUUUUCCUCGAGGAGACUAAUUAUGAUAGAUCUAUGGAUCAAGGAAGCUGGAGCGAAAAGAAGUCUUUUGUGCAGAAACUGCGCAUAACAGGUGGAGUCAAGAAAGAGAACCGAUUAUUGCAGUACUUUAUUGCGCCAUUCUGCUUGGCUCAAUUUCCGGUGGUGCUAUGGUGCGGGUUCCUAUACGGGGUCACAUUGUUCUGGUACUCGGUGCUGAACGGUACUGAGGCUACUAUAUUAGGUACCGAGCCAUACAAUUUUUCCUCCAGUAUGUGCGGACUGGCCUACUUAAGCCCAGUCAUCUUUACCGCUAUUUUGUAUCCGGUCACUGGAUGGCUUUCGGAUAUGGCCAAAAUACAGUUGGCCAAGAGAAGAAGCGGAAGAUCCGAGGCAGAAGAUAGACUCUGGAUUCUGGCUCCGUACUGUAUUGUCGGGCCCUGUGCGCUGAUACUUUGGGGAGUCGGUGCAGCUCACCAUAUCCACUGGUUUGGAUGCUUGGUGGGUCUUGGAUUAAUGGCAGGAACUACAAUGUUUGGUAUUGUUGGAUCGUUAACCUACGUUCUUGACACUUACAAGGAAAUGAACUUUGCGGCAAUGACGGUUGUGAUCAUGGUCAGAAACGGAAUGAACUUUGGAAUGGAUUACGCCAUCACUCCGUUUGUGACGAAUCUCGGCUACCAAAACUGCUUUAUCGUCUCAGCCUUUAUCUGUCUGGGCUGCACUGCCACAUUUUUAGUAAUGGUGUGGUGGGGGAAAGCGAUGAGAGUUGCAAGUCGCAAGCGUAAGAUCAAGUGUGAUGAGACCAAACCUGCUUGCGACGCAUGUGAAAAACGAAAGCUAGUAUGUGUCUGGCCUAGCUCAAAAACAUCUUUAUCUCACAAGAGCACCUUCACGCCUCGGAAAGCCUUUCAAAGUCAGUUCUUACAACAGCAGGAUAGGUUUAAGCUAAUCAAAAGUGAUGCACCAUCAACCUGCAAAACUGAGCAGCCAUUGGUCCUAAGCUCUGUUGUUCUCGAAUGGCCCGGGUUCAUUAUCAGCAACUCAGAAAAAUAUCUUCUAUAUGCAUUUGCAAAAGGUUUUAUGAUCGCCACUUCGCCUCAGCACUGCCAUCGGAAACUUUUACCAAAUUCUGUCGUUCUACCCUAUGUGGUGUCUCACCCACUAACUAGACUCGCAAUAUAUUCCUGUGGAGCCUCAUUUCUGGCAUUUGAGGAUAAAAGCUAUAAGCCAAUAGCCGAUUCACUUCAAGAGAGGUGUAUGUCACUUUUAGUGCAACAAUUUGAUUCAAAUCUCAUUGAUGGAACGGAAGAAUGGUUAUUGAUAGUUGUCAUGUUAUUCUCCGUCAAGAUCUGGUAUUCUCCCAAAGAUCGCAACUCAAGUCUCAUCCAAUUGAAGACUUUUUAUAAUCUAAUUAAGUACUGGUGGUACGUUAACAGUGGCCAACCAGUUAGUCAAAAAAAGCCCGAUAGGAAACAAUUGCAGCUCGACAAUCCACUGGUCCACAUUUCGAAAACCAUCUCACAAAAACUGGCAGAUCAGCCUAAUAACUCUUCAUCACCUAUAUCCAAUCCCGCACAACUAAUGAAUUUUGAUCCGUCCUUCGAGAUCCCAAUUAACGAUUCUAAAUCAAUUGCCGCAUCGAGGCGGCUGCUGGUGGACAGUUUUCUGUUCAACUAUUCUGUGCUACUUUUAUCAUGCGACAAAUCUGUGAUCAAGUCGCUGGAUUCGCCCUUUGUGGUCUUUGAGAAGCUGCGCCCAAUCAUGCAAGGGUUUAUAUUCGAUUGUCCUGUUCCAUGGAUGAACUAUCCGGUCACUGGUGCUUCAAUAACCUCAAUUGAGCUGGUUGCGAAAACAGGCUGGAUCGCUCUGCAUUACCCAUUGGAUGAAAAGAAUCGCUCAAUCGCUGAACAUCUCUUGCGGUAUGCCUCUUACUAUGUUGCUCCCGUUUUGCUACCAAGAGCACUUCCCAUGGAAAAACCUUCGGUGGACCAUAUAAGAGAAAGCGGAUUUGUCAGCGAGCUGCUAGCCAUUGCGUCUUCUAUUUUCCUCACAAAACUGCUCUACUCCGAAAUUGGCUCGUCAGACCCAGAAAUUCAGAAGUCCGUCACCAAGUUCAUUUCGAUUUUGAAAAAGGUGGGUAGCUCAAGCUUGGUCAAUGGAGUAGCAACGUGGGCUUUUGCAGUUGCAAGUACAGCUGUUAUUGACCAAGAAGAUCAGUCCUAUGUUCUCACAAGAAUCAACAUUGCGGCAAAAGUGCUCAGAAUGGAAUGCUUUUUACGAAUGAGAGAUUUUCUUAAAGAAACUUGGGGAACACCAGAUUUCCCCGGUCCUGGGCUCGAUAACCUGCUGAACCGGGAAGGACUGAUGCAGAUAUAUCUCUAG